AUGGACGCCUGCCCAGAGUUCAUCGGCAAUUCCGAUUUCUACGGCCUCGGCAUCCGGAUCGGCGUCUACCUCCAGUGGAUGUCGGCACGGAUCACCCUCCUCCUCGACCCGGAAUCGGCGCAGGCCACCUUCGAUGCAAACUCGACCUUUGUCUUCGCCAUCGUCAUCGCGACCAUCAUCGCAGCGCGACAAGGGGCAGACGCCAUCGAGAUGUAUCUGAUGCUGCAGUUCAUGCUCGGCUUCUUCGUCACGACUCUCAGCACGUUAGGCGUACGACUGUGGCUCAUGAGCCCCGACCGGCUUUCAAAGUUGGUGACAAUGACAAAAGCACUCGAACCUGACUACCCAUGGAUACCCACAAAAGCAAAACUUAAAGCUUUACUUGAACGCAUCCGACGGGCAACGGAGACGAUACAACGGCCUUGGCGACGUGAGAAGCCAUUGAAGGACAGGUUAGCGGAAUGGGCACGCAAGCUAUGGACGUGCAAACCACCGGUGCCCAAGCUAUCGGCAAGCGAUUUAUUCUCGGCCGAGUGCUUGCCCCUGGACUUGAAAGGUCUGUACCUGAUAUGGCAUCUCCGCAUGGAAUCGCCUCUCAAACUCUUAUCGCCCUUGAAGCCUCCUGGUCUCUCCUGGUCGGGGGUGGUUUGGAGGACAGCCACGGCCAGCAUGAUCGCCGCAUACAACCUGGCCUUUUGGUUCGACUCGGGCAACGGUGCGCAGCAACCAGCUAGACCGGGCUGCGAACGGCCCUACAUUUUCCUAUUCUCCAAACAGCAGCUUCAGGGUUCCGUCGUUGUCGUCUGUCAUGCAGCCGCCGUUAUCAUCGCUGUCUUUGUCUUUCCAGCAGCCCUGAUCCUUCUUCUAUUAACGACUCGGCUCUUCCUCUAUGCAUGCCUAUUCCUGUACCGUGACCUAAUUUACUUGGGCUCGCCGCAGGAGCACGGGAUCCCUUUCCGGGACACGCUUCAGCGCUACUCGCCGGUGCCCCUAUUCUUUGGCCCGUUUGAUGCAUUCAUGGACGUACUCGAGUUCUUCACCACACCCAAGAGCAAGGCCGUCCGGUUUUCCGACAUCAUCAAGGUCUGUGUUUCUCUGGGGACAGGGGAAGUGAAGGACGCCAGGUGCCGUCACUGCACCCGCAUUCCUGAAGAUGACAUCCCCAACUGUCAGUGCAAAAACAGGCCUAAUCACCGAAUCUUCUGUUCCCUGUGGAAUGGCUGCGUUGUCCUGAGCAUUGCAUGGUUCAUCACCAGCAUCGAGCUCACAAUCCGCUGGAAUAAUAUACGCAACGUCAACAACAUCGAUACGACGGGACAGCUGAUCCCUUUGAUCAUCGGUUGCGUAAGCACGUCGCAAGUAGUUAAGAAGUUGAUUCUUUUGGCUUUUGCAAAGGCAUACCCCGACUGGGCAGACGUAAAGCUCGAGGUGGAGGAUGGCGUGCACGGCCCCGUGAUCUUCAAGAUCGUCAAGAAGGAGGGUACCGGCGAUCCGGAGGAGGAGAUCACGGGUGGUGAUGAUAUUCGAGACGGCCAAACUGAGGGUGUUGUUACCGCCUAG